AUGUCUGAUAUAACAGAGGAAACAUUGAAUACUAUUCUCCCACUUGAAAUACUCGAUAAAUCUAUUGGUAAGGAAAUUCAAGUCUUAAUGUCAAAUGACAAAGAGUUCUACGGUACAUUGAUCGGAUUCGAUGACUUUGUUAAUAUCGUAUUAGAAAAUGUCAAGGAGCUGGAUGGCAGCGGAUCUUCUGAUAAGGUAAUCAAGAAAAUGUUGUUGAAUGGAGGACAAAUCUCUAUGUUGGUACCAAAAAUAUAA